AAAAUCAUAUUUUGUAUUUUGAUGAAUUAUUUCAUUUGGUGUUUGCUCAUUUGAAUUUUAAUAGUUUAAUUUUUCAAAAUGAAAUAUUUUGUUUUAUUUAUGAUUGUUGCACUUGUUGUGAUGCAAGUGGCUGUGGGUGCCACUGUCGAUAGUCGAAGUUUGUUGUCGGGUCAGCCAUUACUUGCCAAACUAAGCAAUGCGCAUGCCCAAGCAGAAUGUCAUGGAGGACGAAAUGGUCGAGGUAAAGGUAACGGAGGAGGUAACGGUGGAGGUAACGCAGCUGAAACUACUACAGCUGCAGCAACUACAACAGCAGCUGCAGCCACAAAAUAGAAUAUUUUCAGGUUUGAAUUAUGGCUACGAAGUAUUGUUCUACGAAUUUGUAAAAUGCACAUGAUAAUUAGUUCCUUUUAUUAAAGUUAAUUAAAAUAUUAAGAUUU